GAGUGAUUUCUGCUCGUCGACCAGUCCUCGUCAACACCAAAUCCCUCUCCCUCCUCCAAGCCAUCCCAGAAACAAAUAAUGGCUGCUGGUAUCAUCUUCCUGUGCUUCACCCUGUCCAUGUUCAUGCUGCAUUGCGGCCACUGCCAGGCGAUACCGCGAACUGGUACCGGCGGCAACCUCACCUCCGUGCAAAUGCAGACACUCGCACUGCUCUCCUUCAAGUCCAUGGUGUCUGACCCUGCCGGCUUGCUUUUUUCGUGGAACAGCUCCAGCCACCCGUGCAAAUGGCGCGGCGUUGGGUGCGGCCGCCGCAGGCACCGCGAUAGGGUCGUCGCGCUGAGCCUCAACUCCCUCGGUUUGUUGGGCAGUAUGUCCCCGUCGCUGGGCAACCUCUCUUACCUCCGUGUCCUCGACCUCGGGGGGAACAGCCUCACAGGGCAUAUACCUCUGGACCUGGGCCGUCUUCGUCGGCUCCGAUUGCUCAACCUCACAGCGAACUCGCUCCAGGGAGACAUCCCAGUGACCCUGGGACGUUGCACCAGUCUCAUGAAGCUUCUCCUCGCCUCCAACCACCUGCGGGGCGAGAUCCCAGGUGAGAUCGGUGCACUGGGAAACCUUGUCAUUCUCAGCAUCGAUGGCAACGACUUGUCGGGGAACAUCCCACCAUCGCUGGGAAACCUGACGUCGCUUGUCAUCAUGAGUCUCGCCAAUAACUCCCUCUCAGGCACCAUCCCUGCAUCCUUUGGCGAUCUCUCCAGCCUCCAACAGCUCCUCCUUUGGCUGAACCAUCUCUCUGGCCACAUACCUCCGUCUCUUGGCCGCCUCUCCAACCUCUUCACGCUUGACCUGGAAACCAACAACCUGACCGGCCCCAUCCCACCUGCCAUCUGGAAUUUAUCGUCACUGGUCAUCUUUGCCGUGAACGUCAACCAGCUCUCGGGGAGAGUACAUCAGGAUGCAUUCCACAAGCUUCCUCACCUCCAGGUGUUCUCCCUGAUGGAGAAUCUCUUCCAUGGUCAUCUCCCGUCGUCCCUUGUAAACGCUACCAACCUCGUUGAGUUCGAGGCCGCCUACAACUCCUUCACCGGCACGGUGCCUCCGAACAUCGGAAGGUUGCAGAGCCUCCAAUGGUUAGUCCUGGCAUUUAACUCUCUCGAAGCUAAAAGUCCUGCGGACUGGGGUUUCAUGCGGGCAUUGACAAACUGCUCCCAGCUACAAAACUUGGAACUGCGCUAUAAUAAGCUCAGUGGGAGUCUUCCUUCUGCUGUUUCCAAUUUAUCAUCCACGACGCUAACAUUUCUUUCCCUCGGCAACAACGAGAUUUCAGGUCAGAUACCUGAAGAAAUAGGUAACCUUGUGAGUUUGCAGGACCUUGAACUGCACAACAAUUCUCUUACAGGAAAUAUCCCAUCUUCGCUUAGUAUGAUUCGAGAUCUGACAGUUUUGAGACUAGAUAAUAACAGCUUGGGAGGGCCAGUCCCGACAACCAUAGGUAAUUUAACUCAACUUACCAAUCUGGCCCUAGCAAUGAAUGACUUAAGCGGAAUCAUUCCGAGUACUGUAGGAAGCUUGGUGUCUCUACUGCAACUAGACCUCUCUAGUAAUUAUUUCACAGGGGCGAUCCCCAGUAGUCUAUUCAACAUCACCACACUUGCCAUAUCUCUUGAUAUCUCCAAUAAUCUUUUGGAAGGAUCCAUACCACCUGGCAUUGGGAAUCUACAAAACCUUGCAGAGUUUCAUGCAAUGUCUAAUCAGCUCAAGGGGAAAAUUCCUAUUACUCUAGCAAAAUGCAAGCUUCUCCAGAUUCUCCAGCUACAAAAUAACUCAUUCACGGGUAAUAUUCCAUCACCCUUGAGUGAGUUAAAGGGUUUAGAAAUUCUCGACCUCUCAAGCAACAAUUUUUCUGGCCAAAUACCAAAGUUCCUUGGAGAUUUUACCACACUCUAUCAUCUAAACCUUUCUUUCAAUAAUUUUGAUGGCCAAGUGCCAACUGCCGGAGUUUUCGCAAAUGCUACUGAGAUUUCAGUCUUGGGCAAUACCAAGCUUUGCGGGGGAAUUCAAGACCUACAUUUACCCCCAUGUUUUCUUCACAUUCCCAAUAUAAGGCACAAAUUACCCGUGCUUGCAAUUGUUAUUUUGCUUGUAGCAACAAUAACAUGCAUCGUUUCGCUGCUCCUCCUGUUCUUCUUUGCAUGGCACAAGAAAAGAGCAAGCGAAACCCUUCCAUCAGCCGUCAUGCGAGGCUGCCAUGUUGUCUCUUACCAGCAGCUGGCACACGCAACAGAUGGUUUUUCAACAGCCAAUUUGUUAGGUGAGGGGAGCUACGGAUCUGUCUACAGAGGAAACUUAUGUGAUCCAACAGGAGGGGAAGAUAAUGCCGUCGCUGUAAAGGUACUAAAACUUCAGACACCAGGGGUGCUAAAGAGCUUCGCAGCCGAGUGCGAGGCGAUGAGGAACCUACGGCACCGGAAUCUCGUGAAGAUAAUCACAGCGUGCUCAAGUAUCGACUUCAGCGGGAAUGACUUCAAAGCAAUCGUGUUUGACUUCAUGCCCAAUGGAAGCUUAGAAGAGUGGCUCCAUCCUAACAUGAAUAACCAACCAGAAGAGAGACACUUGAGCCUUGUCCAGAGAGUGAGCAUACUCUGUGACGUGGCUCAUGCAUUGGAUUAUCUCCAUUUCAAUGCAGCUGCACCGGUUGUGCAUUGUGAUCUUAAGCCAAGCAAUGUGCUUCUGGAUGAUGACAUGGUAGCACAUGUUGGAGAUUUUGGAUUGGCCAGGAUUCUUGCAGAGGGAUGCUCAUCUUUUCAACCCUCAACUAGCUCAAUGGGAUUCAGAGGAACAAUUGGUUAUGCUCCUCCAGAGUACGGUGCUGGAAAUAUGGUUUCUACUCAUGGAGACAUCUAUAGCUACGGAGUUCUUAUUCUUGAAAUGGUAACGGGAAAAAGGCCCACGGACAACAUGUUUGAUCAUGGAUUAAGCCUUCGCAAGUACGUCGAGAUGUCCUUGAUCAAUAACAGAAUGAUGGACAUUAUCGACGCUGAACUGGCGAACGAGAUUGGUAAUGGUUCAGCAUCCACGGGUGAUCCAAAGGAAGGAAGGGCUGAAACUCUCAUUUCUCUACUUAAGUUGGGGAUUUUGUGCUCCAAAGAAAUGCCGGCAAAUAGAAUAUCAACCAAGGAUAUCAUCAGGGAACUACAUGCCAUAAAAAAUUGAAGUACUCACACGUGGAGACCAUGAUUCUAGAUAUCAUGCAAUUACAGAUUGAUAUGUUGGCUAAUGUAGAACGAAAUGAAGAAGAUAUUUUUUUUUGAAUUGGUGUGUUGUAAGCAUAUUACACAUGUACAGCCUCGUCUCACAACUGAAUUAAUGCACAAUUUGUGUAA